CACUAACUAGUUUAUGGCAAACGUUGUCUUGUGUCGAGGGGACUCUUCCGAUCAUCGAGAGGGAGAAGAGUAGGCGAGAACAAACAAAAACAUACCCUGACGACUCUCCUUCACGCAAUCCUAAUCUAGGGUUUCGAAACCACAAAGUCACUCCCAAAAUACAUACACGAACGUAUACAAAGAUAGAAGAAUGGUGGGACAUAACCCCAUAGCGGUGGCGAAGACGGUGUUGGAGGUGGCCGACGUGGCAUGGACCGCCGUGGAAUGUUGCCAUCACCACCGCCACCACUGCAACACGCAUGAAAAGCACCAGGUUGAUGGAGAUUUCAAUGAUACGACGUCGUUGUCGAAGGGGGAGGAAUUCGAGGCUCUGCGAUCGGAGAAUCAGCAGCUGAGGAACUUGCUUGAACAGAACCUCAAGCUCCUUCAGAAUCUCUCCGAGUCUCCUUGUUUGUUAGAAGAUUGCCCUCCCGAUCUCCAUAAUCGACUUGUAGCUACUGUGGAUUCUACUAGCUUCCUGAGUCAACUUAAAUACCUCCAUGAGAAAUCAGUUGAUGGCACUGGCUACAAAUUUCCUUUCAAGGAUGCAUCAGGAACCAAUUUACAGUUUGAUGAAAGCCUGAUUAAUGUUGGUCUUGAAGAAGCGAGUUGGUGGGUUUGGGUUACUGAUGAAAUGUUUCCUAGUAAUGUCGAAGAAUGGAGUGGAAUUGAUAACGAAAAUUAUGUAGUUAUUGAUGAAGAACAUGUGGUGGAUGGGUUGUCCAACUUUAUGGCUAGAUGCAUGCUUUCAAACCCAAAAGCUCAGAGUAUGACACCUGAGGAGCUGCAGAAAACCCUUACCAAAGCACUGGGUGGCAUGAACAAGUUGGACAAGAUGUUACAUUUUUGGUAUGCUGGGUUAAUGCUUUAUUCCCUGUCCACCUGGGGACUUGCUUUGGCAGGGUUGUACCAGGGUCGUGCUGUUUUGAAACUUGCUGCAAUGGGAGUUCAUACAACCAGCAAAGUUGUUCUAAAGGCUCUUUGA